AUAUCUCCUCCCCAAAGAAGCCCCUUAAACCCAAAACCCAUUGCCCAAUUCCCCCCUAAAUCCCAAUUCAGGUUUGACGUUACAAAAUAAAUACAAACUUAAUCUUUAAGCGCUGACUGCCUCUCUUGCCCCUCAACCUCUGUUCCACUAUGUGAAAACAAGUCCUACAAAAUAUUCUAAAGAAUAAUUAAUGAAAAACAAAUAGUAAAUAUAAAAGAGUGAAGUUUUGUAGGAAUGGCAGGUGGGGGUGGAGGUACAUCAAGACAACUUGAUCAAACACCCACUUGGGCUGUUGCUGGUGUUUGUGCAGUCAUUAUUAUCAUUUCUAUUGCCUUGGAAAAGAUUAUUCACAAACUUGGCACUUGGCUCACAGACAGGCAUAAGAAAGCUCUAUAUGAGGCUCUGGAAAAGGUUAAGGCUGAGUUGAUGAUUCUUGGUUUUAUCUCAUUAACGCUUGUAUUCAGCCAGUAUUAUAUUGCUGGAAUCUGUAUCCCAUCAAGUGUAGCUGACACAAUGCUCCCGUGCCCUGCUAUUGACAAAAGUGCUAAGACGGAUGAAGCCGAGGAACAUCGUCGGAGGCUUUUAUGGUAUGAGCGCAGGAUUUUGGCUGGCGCAGAGUCUAAAUGCAAGGAUGGACGUGUUUCUCUCAUUUCUGUCGAUGCGCUGCAUCAAAUACACAUACUUAUAUUCUUUUUGGCGGUCCUUCAUGUGAUAUACAGUGCUAUUACUAUGUGGCUGGGAAAACUUAAGAUUCGUGGCUGGAAAGGAUGGGAACAAGAGACCUCAACCCAUAACUAUGAGUUUUCAAAUGAUCCUUCAAGAUUUCGGCUUACUCAUGAGACAUCAUUUGUCAGAGCACAUACUAGUUUCUGGACCAGGAUCCCAAUCUUCUUUUACAUUGGAUGUUUCUUCAGACAAUUUUUCAGGUCCGUGAAUAAGUCUGAUUACUUGACCCUCCGCAAUGGUUUUAUCAGUGUUCAUUUGGCUCCUGGAAGUAAAUUUAACUUCCAAAAGUAUAUCAAGAGGUCAUUAGAGGAUGACUACAAGGUAGUUGUUGGUGUCAGUCCAGUUUUAUGGGGAUCGUUUGUGGUUUUCUUGCUCCUAAAUGUUAGUGGGUGGCAUGCGUUGUUCUGGGCAUCCUUAGUUCCUAUGAUUAUCAUAUUAGCUGUUGGAACAAAGCUUCAGGCGGUGUUAACAAGAAUGGCUCUUGACAUCUCAGAGAGACAUGCAGUAGUCCAAGGCAUCCCUCUUGUACAAGGCUCGGACAAAUAUUUUUGGUUCGGACGACCUCAAUUGGUUCUUCACCUCAUCCAUUUUGCCUUAUUUCAGAAUGCGUUCCAAAUAACAUAUUUCUUGUGGAUAUGGUAUGAGUAUGGGCUAAAAUCUUGCUUCCAUGACAAGUUUGGCUUCGUCAUCGCGAAAAUUGCUUUGGGGGUGGGAGUUUUAUUCUUAUGCAGUUAUAUC